ACGUGGGUAAAUAUUGAGAGGUGAGCUGCAACAUGUUGGCCGAGGAUGAUGGGUUGGAGAAAUUCAUCGAGGAUUAUAAGCUGAAAUUGGCCCAAGAGAAGCUCGAACUUCUCUCCAUCGAAGUGACACCUAGAAAACAACAGAUUUCUACUGGUGAUGUUGCCCAACAAAAUGGUUCCACAUCAACCACUUCCCUGGAUAAAUCUAAAGCGACAGAUUCCCCCAAGUUGGAAGAAUUUGAUCAAAAUGUGAUAACUCUCACCGAGCAGCAUUCAGAAUCAGACCAAAACAAUGCAGUGGAGCGCAAAAAGAAACAAGAAGAAUACCGCCGCAUUCUGGAUCAACAGCUCGCUGAACACAAACAAAGAAAAGAAGAAGAAUUACAGAGAACGAGACUACUGGAGGCUGAUGACUUUGAAAUGACUUCUAAUCUGAAUACGAAUCGCCGCCCACUUUCUAUUCGAUCUCCAUCGCCACCGAUCAAGAGCCACUAUCGCAAGUCGGUGCAGGUCCGAGUGCCCUCUCGACCGUUGACAGCAACAAACGAAAACAAGCAACGCUUGAGCGAUUUGACCGAGCUUAGACAACUGUACAGCAAUCGAUGAAACUAACUUAACAUUUGUAAUCGAUCACAAGCAGUAACCGCAUUGCAAAUUAGCCCAUUGGCUAAUUGGCUUCGAGCUGAACGUGGAAGCUACUACUUCCGGCUGGGAUUGAAAAACUCCGCUGUUUGCCUCCCAUCCGUCAAUAAUUUUAAAUUGGGGUUUUUUCCGCCCCUUUCUUUUUGCUUGGCUGUUGGAAGUCCUCCUAAACCUCCCUUCCCAUCCCUUUCUUUUUCUUUGGGGUAAAAUAAAAGAAAUCUCGACCAAAAA